GUAAAUCAAAACCCGAUAGUAACUCUGUCGCAAGCUUUCUUCUUCUUCUUCACUGAAACUCCAUUCUCAUCAUCUUCUGUACGAGGCAGCAGUUCUUCUGGGUAAGGCCCUUGAGGAGUGUAUUUAAACUCACCCUACAUUAUUAGUAACAACCACCUGAAAAAUGCAGUCGAUGAAGGAAACUGUCUCAAAUGUGACCGCCUCCGCCAAAUCAGGCGUGGCCAAAACCAAAGCCACCAUUCAAGAAAAGGUGGACAAAAUGGGUGCACACAGUCCCACAGAAAAGGCUAUGGCAACUGAGAGGAAGGAGCAGAGGAUUUUCCAAGCAGACCUCAACAAGGUGGAGGCCGUCGAGGAGAACGCAACCGCCACCCAUGCCGCCACCGCGGCCGACGACCACUCUCACCCUGCCACUGGCGGGACCGAUCAUCCUGCCACCUCCCGCUAGAUGUUUACGCUGCCCGGGCAGCCCACUGGGGCGACCGGAUAUCCUGCCGGUCGGCACUAGAUGUCUGGGCUGCUAGGAUAUGGAACCGGGCAGCCCACAGGUACAGUGGCUGUAGGGAUGAUGAUGCCUCACCCGGUGGACAGCCGCCUCCCCUGGGCGGCCGACCCGCCACGCAUGUGGGGGCUGGUGGUGAUAGUAUGGGGGUAUGCAGUAGUGAUGGUUACGGUGGUUAGGGAAAUAUAAUUUGUAUGGAAGGGUGAGGCUAUGGCCAAGAACAAGAUUAACGUCAGCAACUAUAUAGCUUCUGUUUUAAUUUUUAUUUUGAUCCUUCUGAGUCUACUUUUAAAUCGAUGUGCUCUUUUUUUUCCUUUGUUGAUUUAGGAAA